UUCAUGCUUCUCUCUUGUUGAGGUCAUAUUGCACCAGUUGAGUGGAGUGCAUUUCUCUAAGCUACUGGUGUAUAGUGUAUUGCAUUCAGAUCUCAGAGUUUGAAUUAUUCAGGAAUUGUAAGGCAUCAGAUCUGGGGUUUCCAGCUGUGGGCUGAAUUACUUUUCACUUUAUUCCAUGCUGUUUCAAAAACAGUUCAAGUUGUUUUUUGGGAACAUGGCCACACCUAGACGUCACACUUAAAACCUUGACACAGUUUUGCAUAGAAGUGAAUAGGGAAGCCAUUAACUGUGUCGAAAUUGUUGACUAAGUCUUCAGUUGUGGUAAAACCUUUCAUGGUCUUCCCGUUACUUGGUGUCAGCUGCAUAUCAAUGCCAUCCAGCCUUCCUGGAACCAGAUCUAUGUGUUUCUAUUUGGGAACACUGUCUGCAGCUCUGUCCCUGGUUGUCACUUCUUGGUGGUUGAUAACUAAUUGGAUGACUCAUUCUCAAGACCACCACCAGUCCAUGCUGAAUAUAGGUGAGGAGCGUGAUGAUCAGGUUGAAGAGGAGGAGGAGGAAGACGACGACGAAGACGAAGUGGAUUAUCCCGCAAAUGACUCUGAAGAGCUUAGUCAAUACCCCUCUGUAAGAAACAGUGCUCAGAAUCACAGUACAAACACAGCAUCAGAUAUGAGAAACAUUGACGAGGGAGUGAAAAUUAGAAUUAACGAUGUAACAGUGGAUAGCUCAGAGGAUAAUUAUGAUGUGCUGGACCCAGUGAUGCAUAGUAAGGAUUUGUACCAAGAAACCUCUCCGUCUGCUGGGACCACUGGUACUUUAGAGGAAAAUACACCUCACAAGAAUGUUAAACCAAAACAACGUCGCUGGUCGCAUCACGUGAUGGGCAUGUCUGUGGAGAAGCAGCAGUUUAGGAAUAAAUUACUGGCUGUCAGUGGGAAAAGCAUGAGUCUGAGCAGUCUAGACAGUGCAGCGGAGGAGUCAGAAGAGGAAGAGGGUUACAUCCACAAACAAUUGGGCAACCAUAAGACAUCGGCCUCCCUGUCCCCUGGUAGUAGCAGCAGUCUCAGUGCGGGCACUGAUCUCACUGGCAUGAACCCCAGGCAUAGCUGGGCUGGCAGUUACACCACUGACAUUAUUGGGAGUCCUGAAGCAAGUGGUGCCAGGAAUGGGAUGUCUCCGCCAGACCGACCACUCAGCCAAGGAAACAGCUCCAUUCGCUCGCUGACAGACAUUGGCCUGGAUUUAAACAGCUCCAAUGAGUCUCAGAAGGAUGCUAUGGCUCCAAACCAGACCAAUGUCUCUACCACAGCUACUAGUAAUCCCCCCAUGUCUGUGAGGACACCCAAACAGAAAAAUGUGACUCUUUUGCAGCAGUCCAAGAUGUCUGUCUCCACUCCAUCUCUGUCUUCUGUAAAGGAAGGAGAAGUUGCAGAUUGUCGGAGAUCUGGCACGUUCAAUGAAGGGCAUAUCACAAAGGAAGAGGCCUUCACUGAGAAGCAGAGUCAUGUAACAAUUCGAAAGCUAGUAGAAGAACACGAUGCACUUAGAAAAUCUCAAGAAAAUGGGAUGACAGACGAGGAAAGUAAACGUAAAGCCCGGGUUUCCAUGAUUGAAUUCUUAAAUGAGAAGAAAAGUGUCAAGCAGUGGGGGCGACGGUCAGUGAUAGAGACAAUGCGCGAGUUCUGGCUUCCUGCAAAUUUCGAAGAAGAUGAAGAGAACAUGGAACAAGAACAGAAAAAAGAACCAAAAGAAGAAAAGAAAAGAAAGUUGAGUUUUAUGCAGAAGUUCGGGAGCCAUAGGCAAAAACGAAAGGAUAAAGAAGGAAAGAAAACUCACCAGUUUGUCAGUGUCUCCUUUAGUAAUUCUACUUCCUGUGAUAUCUGUGGUAAAACACUUGCUAACAAACCUGCAGUCAGCUGUGAAAACUGUAGCAUUAACGUCCAUGACAGCUCGUGCAAAGAUUCUGUCCCUCCCUGUCUAAAGCUCAAAAAAGACAAGAGGCCAUAUCGUCGGGAAAUACAGGAAAGAUGCCCCCCUCCAGUAGGAGGGCAGCAAGGUGGACCAAUAUUGAAAUCAUCACAGUCUUUUGUGGAGGCAGGGUCAGUGCCCGCUGGUCGGGUUAAACAGACAUCUGUUUCCUUUAGUUCACUGCCAAACAGGAAUUCAUCUCCAAAUGAUCAAUUGAAUGCUGGCCGAUGGUCCUCAGGGGCAUAUUCUCAAUGGCGGCGGGUUGCAGCUAAACUUGGGAUAGAUAAAGCCAUAGCUGAGGAAUCCCAAGAGUCUCUAGAUGGCGCUUCGAUAUCUAUGGGGCAGGACCCUUCAACACUCUCAUUACAAAGCAGACUGCGCAAUAACCUGGAAGACACAGUCUCUCUCUCAAUGGAAUCACUGGAUGAAGGUGCUCAAGUGGAGUUUGAGGAUGAUGAAGACCUGAUGAUCAGAGGCCCUGAACCUGAAGCUUGGAGUGUCUAUGUCAACAAAAAAGAAAUCUCCAAACUUGGCCUUAGUAAGAAAGAUGUCAAGAGGCAGGAUCACCUUUGGGAAAUCGUUAUGACAGAAAAACACCAUCUGCGAACUUUGAAGAUCAUGCAAAGGGUUUACAGCCAUGGUUUGGUGCAUGAGGUAGGCCUGCCACCAGAACUGGUGGACAGACUGUUUCCACGCCUUGAAGAUCUUAUUGACAUAUCAGCCACAUUCCUACAAAGGCUACAAGAAAGACAAGAUGAGCACCCCAACAAGUUUGUCUCACAGAUAGGAGACUUGCUGAUUGAACAGUUUGAUUCACCAUCCAGCACCAGGAUGGUGUCGGCAUUUGGGGAGUUUUGUAGCAAGAAAAAAGAAGCCGAGGCUUUGUAUAAGGACCUUUUUAAACAGGAGAAAAAGUUUCAGAACUUUAUAAGGAAAUGCAGUGGGAAUGGGUUGUGCAAGCACCACAGUAUCCCAGACUGUAUCUUACUGGUGACCCAGAGGCUCACUAAGAUGCCAACCCUAAUUGAAGCUGUGAUCAAGAAAACACAAGAGACCAAUCCAGACCAUGCCCUGCUGAAGAAGGCAGACAUGCUGGCUAGAAAUAUCCUCAAUGCCAUAGAUGCCCAGGUAGACGCCAAAGAAAAAGAACAGAGGCUCAUUGAAAUCUACAACAAACUGGAUGUCAGGUCCACAGCAGUUUACAAGGGCAAAAAAUUCAAGAAAUCUGAUCUUUUAUCAAAUAAUCGGAAACUGGUGUAUGAGUCAACUAUAGCAUGGAAAACCGCCAGAGGAAAAACAAUUGAUGUACUUAUUGUUGUCCUCUCUGACUUAGUAUUUUUCCUUCAAGAAAAUAAUCAGAAGUACACAUUUUUCACCCAGGAUAAUAAGGCGAGUGUGGUGUCUCUGUACAAACUGCUGGUCAGAGAGAAGGGGGCCACACGGGACAACAAGGGAGUUUAUGUGAUCAGCCAGAGCAAGGACACCCCUGAGAUGUACGAGUUUGUCUGCAAGUCAGGAGAGGAGAGGAAACAGAUGAUUAACAUUGUCAGUGCUGCCAUAAGGAAUUGUCCAGAAGAAGAUGAUGAUGAAGGAGUGCCAUCAGAAAGUGAAGAAGAGAGAAAAAUUAGGGAAGCCCGGGCACAGAAAGUCAGAGAGUGUCUUAGCUUCCUGCAAAGAUCACAAGAUCAAAUAAGAGAAUUGCUCAAGGAUCGCUUACAUGCUGUUUUUGACAUGUUCGACCACCAGCCCAAGGAAGAACACCUUUUGCAGCCCUAUGGUCAAGAUGAGGAUGCCAACCCUGCAGAGUGGAUUGACAGAGCAGCUAAGGAAGCUGAGCGUCUGUCCUGGCUCCUCCAAAGUGGCAGCACAAAUCUCAGCCGCAGUGUCAGCAGUGUUGGGGAACACCAAAGUGGGUCUUACACUCCGCCACCAGUUCCUAAACGCUCCGAGACUUUUGGAGGAUUCGAGGUGUCUGCAGACACUGAAACUGUAGACAGUGAUAUUGUGGUGGAUAAAAUGUUAGACCAUCUAACUAAAGUGACUAACAACCAGUUUGAAUGUAGUAUUGACAGCAUGUCAGGGGCAGUCCCCUUGAACUUGGACACUGGUGCAUGUGUAAACAGUUAUGAUGAUAGAAAUAUUGCUCACCAGAAACUGAAUGACAUUGAAGAGAGCAGAGAAAGUGUGGACACAGGAGAAAGUAUUGAGCAUGGGGUGUAUUUGCAAAAGAAAAGAUACAGUGUAAUGGGAAUUGGGAUUGAAGAAGGGCAGAACUUGGCUAGUAGUGAAGAAAAACUAAGAGUACGACGUAAGUCCCGUAGCCCAUUAGACUGGAUCAAACGCAAGGCCAGCCUGCAGGUUACGACCUCUCAUGAAUUGUUGGGGGAAGCAACCAAGCCCUUCUGGAGCUCUCGCACAAAAAUUGCAAAAAUGCGCAGAUCUAGUAUUUUGCGUCACAAUAGCGAUGCCGGGGAACACAAAAGCGUGCAAGCUUCUCGCUCUGGUCCACAGCUACGCCGUGUGGAGUCAUUUGCUGGGUUUGGUCAAUCUGACGGGAGCUCAGGUUCAGUAAAAAGAAGACCACCACCAUUUCCAAAAGAUGAUGAUGGGUCGUUUUCCAGUUUCCAAAGCUUCAACAAAGAUGGUGGAGUUGAUACAGAUUCUGCCAUCGCAAGUGAUACAACAACAGUCAGUAAUUCUAGUUCCAGUAAGAAACUUAUUCGCAGAGGUAGUGGCAAUAUUUUGGUUUCACAUGAGGGCGUAUAUCGGCCCCAAAGGGAUCCUGCUCUUCAGAAAUUAAAACGUACGAGCACGUUCCUAUCUGGGCUUUUGCCAACGCGAAAUGCUGAGAAGGACGAUUCCCCAGAUGUUCGACACAGUGACAAAUCCAGUGACUUGGGGUCUAUCAGCGAGUUCUCCAUCAGCUCAGUGAGUCUAAUACCCCCUGUGAGGGAGCAGGCGGCCUGCUUGGAGCAGAUUCUGCGGUAUCUAGCACAGGCCAUGCAUGCAUCAAUCCACCAGAAUACAAGACUUGAGAGAUGCAAAGCUCACCUUGUGGAGUCUAAUGAAAAAGUGGAGAAAUUGACGGCAGAGACCAAGCAGUACCAGGAGAGGAAAGGAACCUUUCGACAUAACCAACAACUGGAAGAACUACGUCGACUCCAGAGUUCCAUUAACACUGAGAGAACAGAUUGGGAGAAGACCAAGGAAAGGGAGAGGAUGCGACUGGAGGCAGAGAGAGAGACUGUGGAAGAACACAGGAAAGAUAUAGAGAAACAACAGGCUGAGAUGGAGCAACAGAGAGAAGAAUUAAAAAGGCAGAGAGCUGCUUUCCAAAGACAGAUUGACUUGUUUGAACAGCGUCAGCAACAAAUACAGCAAGAACAGCAGAAGGAGCAACAGCAACUGUUACAAUUACAACAGCAGCAACAACAACUACAAAAGCAACUCUCUUCUGGAAAUAUGAUAAAAAGUGGAUUAAAAGAUGUCAACUCUACAAGUGUAAAAAAUGACAAGUUUUCCACUACAGGAAAGGAAAAUAAUUCCUUGGAUCCAACACGUUUAAGCCCACAGGGUUUGGUUAUCAGUCAUAGGCGUUCAGCUUCAGCAGAUUGGAAUAAAGAUUCAAAUGAUAAACGUGCAACAGAGGGUGAAGCUUUCGAGCCAAUGAAAGAGGAAUAUGCUAGGAGUUUACAAGAACCUUUAAAUCGCAAAACGCGUUCAGAUGAUCGGCGCAUAUCACACCAUGUGUUUGAGGGUCAAAACAGACGGGCAGACACCAUGCCUAGUUUAGGUAUAAGUAAGAGAGACACUAGGGAAAACUUGCCUAUACAUCUAGUGAGUGCCACCAAUGAACAGAAACUGCAAGGUGCUGCCUUAAAACAGCAGUUUCCUCACAAACUUGGAAGCAGCAACAGCUCUCCAUCUUUCAGUGGAAUUAUUCCUAAAAAACUGGCUAGCAGCUCAAGUAGUAGUCAGCCCAGCUCUCACAACAGUCAGUCGAAUAAGAGUGCCAGUUUAAAGCAUAACAGCUCUGGGGGAGGCGGGAUGCUGCCUAUGAAGCUGGCUGAGAGGAGUAGAAGUGACAGUAAAGAGAGGAGUCAGUCCAUGUCUUCUCCUCAGUCUGCAGGAAAGAAGGACCAAAGUGUGAUAUAUUUCUAAAUGUUUCGAAAUCCUAUAAUAAGGAUUGAUGGUGCAAUGAGAUAAAUGUGCAACUCGGAGGCAGAUUCUGUGAAUACUACCACUACUACUGCUUCUAUUACUACUCCAGUGCCACCUAGAGCUUUGAGAAUCAUGAUGACUGUAGUAUGAAAUGGAAAGGGGAGGAGAGUCAAUAUAUUCAUUGCCUAUGGAGCUUCAGAACCUAAUAAGGCUUCGGUACUUCACAUAUUUUAGUCUCACAACUUUGCUACAGGUUACAAUUGAUCAACUCUGCAGGACAGACCUGGGAUGAUUGUACAAAUAUGAGAAUACAUUGAUUUCACUUGAGCAGCAGAAGCCUUUUUAAGAACCUAACAUUCUGAUGUCUGUGGAGCCUGCAAUCCUACAGAAAAGAAUUUCAACAGUGUACACUUCAUAAAACAAUGCAUCUGUGAUUAUCGUUUAACAUGCAGGGAUUUUUUUCUCUUUGGAACUGAAAAUCUAAAAUUGUGUCACUGUCAAAUGAAAUAAAAGAGACAUUGAAUAUUUUCAGUAUAGUUAAUGCUUAUUAAGUUACUGAUAAAUGACUUCAUUUUCUUGCAGUUAUUUUCUAUAUUUAGAUGCUACAACUUUUAUCAUCUGUCUUAAUCUUCAAUUUAGAUUGAGUUAUUCUUCAGAUGUUUGCAUUCAGAAGACUUUACUGAACUGGCAGUUUAAUUGCUGGAAUGGAUAACAGUAUUUAAGAAAGGAGCCACGUAAACCUGUAAAUUUACAUUGUAUUAGUGAAAGGAAGAGACGUACAAUUUCUAGGCUCAUAUUGGUAAUACCGGUUAUAGAGAAAACAUGGAAUUUAGAUCAGGGAACUAGACAAAUGCAUUGUCUGCAUGAUUGAGAGAGAGAUGAUAACAAUUACUAUAUAUUAGGUUUCAUGCAUUAUUUACUCAAAUGUAGGAAAAUCAGUGGAAUACUUUUGAGUGCAUUGUAUGUGCAUCUUAUGCUUUAUGAUUACUUUCAGCAAAUAGUUUGAUCUCCUACCUCAGCUGAUGGCCUUGACAUCAAGAAACUGACAUCCAGUCCCAUCUUUUCUACAUAAUCUGGCAAAGUUAACAUUAUAGCAGCUGCACCUCAAGAAUACAUCAUUGAUGUGGGUCGGAAAAUAUUGGCAUUUCUUCACUGUGUGGUUUUUUCGGUACUAUAUCUUCUCAGUGAUUGACAUUUUUGCAAAUUAUUCAUUUUGACUGAUAAGACUUUAUCACUUGCAGAGGUGUGAUAUUUUCUUUACCAGUUUGUUGCUAUCGCUCAUUAAGAUUGUAAGUGUCAGGGGGGCAUUUGCAUUGGGCAAGUGAUAAACCCAAAUAUUCUUAUCUUGAGGAGUUGUUCUCUUACCAUCAGAACAAUUUUGAAUGACUGGUAUAAGACCCUUGUCUUUCUCUAAUCUGAAAGUUUGCCCAUGGUAAUCCCAAGAACAAGGCAGUUGCUAUGAAUUAGUUUUCUUUAGUCCCCACGUUUAAUCUCUUUUGAUCAUAUGUCAUUUAAGGAUGGUAUGCUAACAAAAUGGGGUUGUUUGGGUAUUUUUUCAAUUCAAACACUGUAAGGUGAAGAUUAGGCUCCCGCAAUAUCAAAGUAAAUAUAUUUAAAGGUAUUUGCAUUUAAACAUUAAUGAUAGAUUUGCUGCUUAUUGAAAGCAAUGAAAAAUUAUGGUGCUUUUUGAUUAAGGUGACUAUUACUGCAUUCCCAGAAUCAUUGGUUCUUUGAAUAAAUUGACACUAUGCUAAAUAUGUAAUUUCUUAAUUCAGCAGUUUGAAGGCCUUCUUGUAAUCUUCAAGAAUUGUCACAAACUUCAGUUUUACAUGUACUUUAACUGCAGAGUAUACAAUGAUUUUGGUAAUUAUAUUUAUCUUAUCUCUUACAAUAUGCUCUUAUUUAAAACAUUGAUUAAUUAUUAUGAAUGUACAUAGAUGUAUUUUGUGUAAAUUCUCUUCACAGAUCCAGCAUAUGAUUAUACAGUCAACUGUCUUUUCAUUUUCUGAACUGUAACAGUGUACAUGAUUCUUGAAUAAAUUAGAUUUUCUAAU